GCGAAUUCCAAAUAUUAAAUCUAACCAAUCAAUGGCAAGCACGUGUUUUCCUAAAUAGUAAAACCCAUACCCUAUUUGCAGAAAGAAAGAGAGAAUCGGUGCGGAAGUGAAAGCUACCGAUGGCGUCUGGCGGCAAUGGCGGAGGAGUGGAGUGGCACGUGCGGCCUCCAAACCCUAAGAAUCCAAUCGUCUUCUUUGACAUUACUAUCGGUACAAUUCCUGCCGGUCGUAUCAAAAUGGAACUCUUCGCCGACAUUGCCCCUAAAACCGCCGAAAAUUUCAGGCAAUUGUGCACCGGUGAGUACAGAAAAGCUGGAUUGCCUGUUGGUUACAAGGGGUGCCAGUUCCAUAGAGUGAUCAAGGAUUUUAUGAUUCAAGCUGGUGAUUUUGUGAAGGGCGAUGGCAGUGGAUGUACUUCUAUCUAUGGACAUAAAUUCGAGGAUGAGAAUUUUAUUGCCAAACACACUGGUCCUGGUCUAUUAUCAAUGGCAAAUAGUGGAGCAAAUACCAAUGGAUGCCAGUUCUUUAUCACUUGUGCAAAAUGUGAUUGGCUUGACAAUAAGCAUGUUGUAUUUGGGAGAGUGCUUGGAGACGGUCUUUUGGUUGUCAGGAAGAUUGAGAAUGUGGCUACUGGACCCAACAACCGGCCAAAACUGGCUUGCAGUAUUGCAGAAUGUGGAGAAAUGUAAAAGGUGAAAUGAAGAAAAUACCACUGAGGUUCAACCAAAAAAAAUUAUAUAUAUUCUGUAACAAAAAAAAUAUAUAUUUUUUUUUAUUUCAGAAAAGCUUAUGCAUUAUGAAAAAGUGUUUUAUUGUUUAAUUUUAUUUUGUAAAUUGCCUGAGGAUUUGACAUCUAAUGCAUAUUUUUAUUGCAUAGA